CCAAAAGAAGAAGAAGAACUUAGACGGCGCGAAGCCGGAUGUAAACAGACAGUUCGGUCUGGUCCAAAACAAGACGGAACCGUGGAGACGUGAAUGUUCCUCAGGUUCUAACGAGAUGAAUUGUCGCUUUAGAGGCGAGACGACGCUUAGUGACCCCUAAAACGGAACGAUCCCGGAAGAGCCGUCGCUGGACCGUGUCAGACAAAGCCAACCGGGUCACCGAGAGCUACUCGUCGUUUUGAUGAACUGCGUGGGGGCGUGUAUUCUCAGCCGGGGGGCCAUGUUGACCCAGACAACAGGAACAAGCUGGACACCAAGCUCUACCAGAACUAUUGGUGGUCCGGAAUGAAAGACGCUGGCUUCAAGUAGGAAGAGAAUCCGACGGACGGAAGUCUGGACAAGGACUUUCUUUAAAUCCAGAUUCAGCACCACGUCUGACCGGGCUGCAGAGGGUCUUCUUCAUUGGAUCUGGCAGGCUAGAUGCUGAUGGGUCAGCACCUAUUCCCACUCACAGUCUGCCCUUACACCCCUACGACAGUCCGUCAUCACCAACAAAGUCCUCAAACUGAAAACAGACACACCAAGGGCCCCCAAGAGAGGACCACUCUCUCCUGCAUAUCGCCAGCAAUGCUGAAGAACAUAUCUCACACUCUCCAACUCUCCACAGUCACAGUUACCAUCCGGGUGCUCCCCUAAUAAAAAACAACCCACCCCGCAGACAACUGUGGCCCAGCGUUAACCGGGUCAAGACCAAAGGGUCCCUCCUCUCACAAGCGAGGGCCAGCCUAUGACCACUCACCACCACUACAGGUCAUAAAAAUCCCUACCCACAUCCGCCACAGAGGGUCCGUUCAUGUUCUGGUUCUGGUCUGCUUUAGAGAGGCAAUAGAGAUGGCAGGUCGUGGGCGUGGCCACAGGAUGAUGAGUUUCAGUGUGGAUGCAGUCGGCAUCAGAGAAUCUCUUCCUCCAACUAUUCACCAGCCUACACCUGUGUUUCCAGUGAUGGAGCAGAAGCCCCUGCCUCUAACAGGUGGAGAAGAGGCAGAGUAUUUGUUGGCUCUGAAACAGGACUGCAGGGGAGCCAUGAGGAGUCUUCCAUGCUUUAUCCAACCAGCAGUGGCACAAAGAGAUGUGGAGCGAUACUCAGAUAAAUAUCACAUCAGUGAACAGACUGACAGGCUGAAGGACUGGGUUGUAGAUUGGAAGAGAUUCCCCAGAGAACUGCGAGUCCACGUCAGGAAAGCACCCGUGAUUGGGUGCGCUGCUCAGCUGCUCCGGGACAGCGGUCAGCAGAUACAGAAGAAGAAGAAGAAGGCCAGAGAGGAGAUCCUUCUGAAGCUGGAGACGCUGGAGAAGAAGGAGGAGCAGGAGAGCUCUGAUGGGGAAGGAGAGACGGAGAAGAAGCAGGAUGAGGGUGCUGAGGCUGAGGAGGAUUACGAUGAGGAAGAGUUUGAAGAGGAGACGGAUUACAUCAUGUCCUACUUUGAGAAUGGAGAGGACUUUGGAGGAGACAGUGAUGACAACAUGGACGAGGCUAUUUACUGAAAUUUCGUCCUGCUACUGGACUGCUGGUUCUGGAUCUUAGGAGACCAGUCAGACAUGGUGUUUAAAUAGUUCUCAGGUUUUGGUUACUACUCUCCUCCACCCCCAGGCCUGGGGUCUCCAUUUGGUCCUGGGCUGACCUGGACCUGCAAGUCUGAUGUAGAACUGUAUGACCUCCCAGCUGCAAAAGGUCAUCAGCGCAUCAUCAGCUGAACUUUGACCUCCUGGUUACUGCGACCUGAAAAUGUCUCACAGAACAAGUUCAUCUGAAACCCUCAUUCCACUCUGACCUGAAUGGGAACGUCAGGAAUAUGUUUUACUUCCUUUGACUUAUUCACUGAAGCUUUUUAUUCUGAAGAAUGUGUGGAGGUUCUGGUCCUUUUUUAAGAACCCUGGACCUGUUUUAACACGUGGAGAUCCUGGAUCUGUUUUAAGAACACGUGGAGGUUCUGGUCCUAUUUUAAGAACACGUGGAAGUCCUGGACUCUUUUUAAGAACGCAUUGAGGUCCUGGACCUGUUUUAAGAACACUUGGAGGUUCUGGUCCUGUUUUAAGAACACGUGGAGGUCCUGGACUUGUUUUUUAGAACACGUGGAGGUCCUGGUCCUAUUUGCAUGCAGCCUUUCUGAGUUCAGUCAUUGACUCCUCAUCUCAGUGUGGUUAUUGUUGUGAACGGUUUCCUGUUUCUGUUCUGAAGAAUCUGUAAUAGUCAUUGUUAAUAAGUGUAUCCAUUAUAUCAUUAUUGUUAUUAAUAAUGAUAAUUAUUAGUAAUUGUUAUUAUAGUUGUUUUAAUAUUAAUAACUAUUAUCAUAAAUAUUAGUUACCAUUAUCAGUGUACUCAUGGGUCUUUUCUCUAGACCCCCCACCCCACACAUCUCACUUACACACAUAUGCCCGGGACUCUGUAUGUAUUGUAAUAUAAGUUUCAGUGGGAGCACGGGCGGAAUAUCUUACCCUCCAGUCAGAACCCAAAAAAUGCACCAGUAGGCAUUAACUUAUCCAAAAGAUCCUUUAUUACCACAACCAACAAUAAAACACUACGACCAA